UAUCCGUGUACCGCUAUUCUUAGACCAAAAAUGUCUAAACCACAAAUAAAUACGAAAUCCAGCACGUAUCUUAAAGAUAAGGAGGCAUUUCUCAAGGAACUAAAGCAAUUCAACGAUAGCAAGGGCAUACCAUUUAAGACUCCUUCAGUAAAUGGCAUUGAUAUAGACUUAUAUCUCUUCUAUACACUGGUACAACAAAGAGGCGGUAUAAGUAAGGUACAUUUGUAUGAUUUGUGGGAUUCAUUUCUGCGUCCACUGCGAUUGCCACACCCUUGCAUCAAUGGCUCUACAUUGCUGAGAAGAAUAUAUGGGAUGUAUCUAGAGAAAUACGAGAAAGCUAAAGGCCCUCCGAGCAGAGAUGAUGACAAUGACUUGGAUGAAGACCUCAGAACCACCCGGGGGAGGGGCAGAGAUCCACCACGGACACCACAUGGAGGAGGACAAUACUAUUCUGCAUCCGGCGAGCCGAUCCGCGCAGUACAAACCCGCGUGGCAGGGCCUUCAGAACGCCUCGCCCUGUCUCUCCUGUCACCCAUGCCUAAUGAGCAGGACUUUGCUGUCAAUGUGUGCACAGUGCUUGCUGCGGACCAUUCUAACAGGAUGCCUUUGGGCAGCACUCCGCAUAUAUUGGACUUCUUAUUAGCUCAUGCUGGUGUUUAUAAUCAUGGAAGUCUCCGGGACACAAUCGGUCGCUCCUACUUCGAGGCCCGCGGGCGCUACCCGCACGAGUUCUGGCAGCUCCGCGCCGGCGGCGGCGGCGCCAAAGAGCUCGCCGACGAAACCAAGUUCUCACAGCUUACUGGCGACCAGCCGGAGUUGAUGGUGCAGGCUUUAGCGGCCCAGAACACGCUGACGGACUGUCUCAUGAAUGAAUGCGGGGGAGAGGAGUUGAUUAAGGAAAUUAUGGAGGAGGAACAACACGAGGACUGGGUAACAGAGCCCUCAGAAGACGAACAGCUGUUCGCCCCGGAGCUCCCAGGUGGAGCCUCCUGCGUAUACACGCAACGCGUCCUCCAAAUAGCUUCCAUAGUCCGCUCGCUAUCGUUCCACGAGGAAAACGUUCAGUACCUGGCGAAGAACACGACGCUCAUCAGGUUCCUGCUGCUGUGUGCCAAUUGCUGGGUGGGCAGUCUCCGGCAGUCGGGCUUGGACGCGCUUGGGAAUAUCUCAACUGAACUCAUUAUAAAGGACCCAGCUACCUGUCUCAUCUCUCGUCACAUUCUCUCCACAAUUCAAUCGGCACUGGUGUCCAACGAUCGUGCUAGAGUCCUGGCAGCGUUAGAAUUGCUUAAUAAGUUGGCUCAGAAUGAAGCAAAUGAAGACGCUUUACUCAGAUCUUUGGAGGCUAAGGUGUACCACGACGUGUGUUCCCUGCUGACGCUGCGCGACAUCAUGGUGCUGGUGUGCACGCUGGAGUGCGUGUACGCGCUGACGUCGCUGGGCGACCGCGCGGGCGAGUGCGUGGCGCGCGCGCCCGGCCUGGUCGCCACGCUCGUGUCGCUCGUCACCGUCGAGGCACAAAGCUACGGCCCCCGCGCGUGCAUCCUGAUGCGGGUGGUGGAGACCGUGAGCGGGCCGAGCGCCGCGGCCGCCGCCGAGCGCGAGCAGGAGCGGCACAACCCGCCGCAGCAGCUGCAGGCGGUGCCCAUGCCAUCGACGCCGACGAAGGCGGUUGAAGUUCCGGCGCAAUCGCAGUCUCCGCAGCCCGCAGCGCCGCCCAAUAGCAUACAGCACUCACACAUGCAACAACGUACUGUUCAGGAAAACGAGCACUUUGCCCAAGCUUGGCUCCGUAACACAUACGAGGCGCUUCCAGUCGGCGACAACAGCACUUGCGACGCACCAGAACUGUACCGGCAGUACCUCGCCUGCUGCGCCAAGCUCAACAGGAAGGGGCUCAUCGCGCCCGCCAACCUGUCCCGACUUGUCAGGACCGUAUUCGGCGGCACAGUGGGCCCAAACACCAUCACGUUGUCGUCAGGCGAGACGCAGCAGGUCUACAUCGGUAUUCGAGCUAAGAACCCGCAGAACAGAAACCCACCAGCAGGACCCGCGUCACCAAUAUUGAAAGCGCAGCUGACGAAUAAAACGGCGACGGUGGAAGUCAAACCUGCCGUAUCGCAACCGCAGGCCGCGCCCCCCCCGCAGCACCCGCACCUGUCGCACGCGCUCGAGGCCAACGCGACCAACACAACUCUAAUAAAACACCUGCUCGCCAAUAAAGUAAGCCCCGCCCUACAAACGCAACAAGUAGCGCAAAGACAACAAAACCAGCAACGAGGCGGUCCGUCCGGUACCGUCGUGGUACAGGCUAACCAAUCGGUAAUGGACGUGGACCCUGAGGCAUUGAUAAAAUGUACGACCAUCACACCGGGUGGAAUUGCCAGUAGCACCACUACUAUUCAAGGCGACAAGGUCCUGAUAAAAACGGAGGAAAAUACAGGUGUAAAAGAUGAACCAGUGCAAAUACAGGUUGACGACCAGGCGCAACUGACUUUAAAGUCGGCGCAAAACAAAAUGCUAGCGGACCUUCUCGAGAAGAAAUCCAACCCGCCCGUCCAAAUCGUCCAAAUGGGCCCCCACAUGAACGCUCCGACCAUCCAGAUCACAGAAACCGGACAGAUAGUCCAAGUCAAACCAGACGCCACCCCCGUCAUACAGUACAACGAGAAUAUGGUCGCACAAGGCAGCCAGUACUUCCAAAUAAAGAACGAGCAAGGACAACUGAUACAAAUAAAAAACGAACAAGGACAAAUUAUACAGCUAAAAACUGAUCAACUACAAAAUCCGUUGAUACAGUUCAAAAAUGACCAGGGGCAGGUUAUGCAGGCGAACCAGAUUAUUCAGAGCGUGAUUCAAAGUCAGGUGAAGGAGGAAGGGGAAUACAAUGAACCGCCUAAUAAGAGGGCGAAAGUUGAGAUUAAACAAGAGACACCACCUCAAGAAAGUGUAUCGAAAACAGCAGCCAAUCUCUAUGCUGCCUUGGCUGCAUCCGCUCUGGAAGACGAAGAUGACUUGCACCGACCUCGAGGACUCAUUUUAGCAGGAGCUCUCCGCACUAAGGUGCCGGUGAAGCAAGAAUCGGUUGACGUGAUCCAACCACAAGUCAUGGUCAGCGGCACUGAGCAGACUGGCUCUGUUAUCAUACAAGAACCCAUUUUACAGGUCCAACAGCCAACACUGCAAGUGCAGCAGCCCACGUUGCAGGUGCAACAACCGACGUUGCAAAUGCAGGCUUCUACAAUACAGAUGCAGCAGCAGACCUUGCAGGUCCAACAGCCCAUGUUGCAGGUGCAGCCGAUGGAUGUGCAGAACAUUCUUACCUCGCAAUCCGGACAGCUAAUUCUGCAAGAGAAAAUAACAUCGCCGCCUCCGCAGUUCGUUCAACAGCCAAUGCAGAUCAUCGCCACUCCUGGAACAUCGCAAGGUCUUAGUUAUAUCACUCAAAAUAUGCCCGGAAAUAUGAUGCAAAAGACAAUUAUUAUAGUACAAGGACCAACAGGCGGAGGUCCGCUUACAUUGACGGUGAACAACCCUGGCGGGCUGGACGAGCAGACGCUAAACAGCCUUAUUGCCCAGGCCACCGAGGCGAUAACCCAACAGCAAAUCAUUCAGAACUCGGGCGUGAUACAAUCCGCACAGAGGGUGAUAGUGAGUCAGCCGACGUUAGUGAGCACAGCACAGCCUAUCACGGUCGUUAAGACUGCUAUCGCGCAGAACGCCCCUCAACUGACAGCGAGCCAGCAGCCAAUAAUAACUACUCAGCCCCAACCACAUAAAGCGCAAAUCGUCAACCAACCACUUAUGGUUACCCAGAAACAACCACCGGCUUUAAUAAGCACGUCGACGAGCAACCAGAUAGUGUCGGGUAGCCCUCAGAUUAUUCCGGGCAACCAGCAAAUAAUAGUGUCUAGCAAUCAGCAGAUUAUUAUGAACACGCCGAUUAAGCAAGGGGUGCAUAGGGUGGUACAGCAACCACAGAGGCCGCAGGUGGUUACCAAUGUUAGCGUCAACCAGCCGGCACAGGAAGAUAAAUCUAGUGUAAUUAAGACUACGUCAGCUGCACAACCGCAAGUACGGCAAGUAAUAACUCGGCAACCAGUUAUGGUCGGCAACACCAAAAUAGGAGAUCGCGAAGUGGUUGUCAACCAACCUGUGACACCAGAGCCCGCCGCCCCAGCCACGCCCAAGCCUGCCGCCACGCCGCCACCCACACCGAUACAGAAUGCGCAAGACGACACGCCAUGGAUCUGCCACUGGCGGGGAUGUGGCAAAACGUUCUCGAACGCGUCGGAAGUGUUCGCGCACGCAGCGCACACGCACGCGCACGCGGCGGGCGGCGCGAGCGGCGAGACCCCUUGCCUCUGGCUCGACUGCGACCGCGUGCCGCGCCGGACGUUCGCGCUGCUCAACCAUCUCACCGACAAGCACUGCUCGCCGCAGGCACUGAAAGCGUUGUUCAACUCUCGUCGUCACGCCGCGGCCGAGUCGGAAGCGAGCAAGCCGGUGGUGCUCGGCUACCCGCCGAACGCCGCGUUGGCGGCCCUUAACAAGCAUGCAGCGGACAUGUUCAACCCUAGGGAGCUUAUGCACCGAGCGGUCAGUCGCACGCCGGAGCAACUGGACGAGAACGAAGGCCCGGUCACGAAGAGCAUUCGCCUGACGGCCGCUCUGAUACUAAGGAAUAUUGUAAUUUACUCCAAUACGGGACGACGCCAACUGCGUUCAUACGAAGCGCACCUCGCGACGAUAGCGCUCAGCAGCGUGGAGGCCUCCCGGACCAUCGCCCAAGUGCUGUACGACAUGAACAACAUCUGAGAAUCGUAACCGGGCGGCGGCCCGCCUUCAAUCAGUAAUCUCAAGUCUGCUGCUAUUGGUCGAAGUUUCUAACAUGGCUUCUUGUAAUAAUGUGCGUACAGAACGUUUCUGAAAGUGGUCUUUAUACAACCUAUUUUGCCUUAUCAGUCAUUUUAAUACUGCGCUCAUACCAAGUGCUGUACGACAUGAAUAACGUCUGAGAAUCGUAACCAGGUGGUGGCCCGCUUUCAUUCGGUAAUCUCAAGUGUGCUACUAUUGGUGGACAUUUCAAAAAUGGUUUGUACUGCUGUGCGAAUGGAGUGUGGUAUGGAGAAAUUUUUCAGGUUAAAAAGUCUUCAUUUCUAAAAUUAAUAAUUACGUUCCGCAUAAAAAAAAUUAAGUGUCCGAAUUUUUUCCACAAGGAUUUUUUUUUGAAACUGGAAACUUGUUUUAUAUCUCAUAUGCUUACUGAAAUCUGUAACUUUUUGAAGUGACCUUUAUAGUAUUCUCCCUUCAUCUUCAUGAGACUGAAAAACGGAUACGCGCAGAAGUACUCAAUAGGAGACACGAAAGCGUAUUCUUAUAUUGUAAUAACAUCAUUUAUUUAAUGGGGAUUUGUAAUGGAUAUGAUCUGUCAGUAUUAUCAGUGACGUUUCACACUGACAGAUCGUAAUUCAUUGUAAUACUCCUAACCUGUUAUCCGUAAUAAGAUAUAUGAUUGAAUAAUUAACUGUCAGUGUUAGGGCUCGUUUACAUGGCGCGCGAAG